AUGGUGAUCGACGAUACACCUCGUAUCGAGAACAGAUCGUGGAAGAGUGGUGGUCUAAAGCCUUGGAAAUCUCCUCCUUGUAAUCCUUGGGUGAUUGAAGGGGAGACAUUACCUCGGCGAAACGAAGAUUGGAGAAAUGAAAAGUAUGCUGGAGAAAGUGUUGGAGGCAAGACAUCGUUGUUAUCAGAAGUAAGGGAGUGGUCUGAGAAUUCAUCCGGAAGAGAUUCCGCACUCAUUGCAAAAAAAGAUUCCAUUAAGGGACUUAGUGAUACUGAACUUGAGAAGGUGGCUCAUCUUCAACUUAAACUGAUGGCUGAAAUGGAAGGUAAAGCUGGCAAAGUGGACUACUUGCCUGAAAGAGAGUGUGGGCAUCCUAAAAGUGAAGAAAAGAAUGGUAUAUUGCAAGGAUACAAGCUGGAAAGGAAUACUGCGCACAGUUCAUACGCAGACGAAGACAAACGAUGUCACUUGGAGAACGAGCCGUAUAAGUUGAAUAGUGGAGGUCUAAUGGUUCUAAAAAGUAACUUUGAAGAAGUCCACAUGUUAACGAGGAACAAUCGUGUGGGUGCCACUGGAGAACACAAGUCUGAGCCAAAGGAAGAGAACUGGUACGAAGACUAUUUGAAGAAUGUCAACAGGAGGAAAGUGGAGUUGCGCAAUAGGUUCGCUUGA